GGAAUAGGAAAAAAGCCAGAUUUGCCAGGCGCCCAGUCUCCUCUCUCCACGUAACCCUUCUCCCCUCCAACCUCCGCGUCGUCGCAAACCCAAAUCCUCCUCCCAACUCAUCAGAUCACGCGAGCAGGGGGGCCCGAACCGGAUCGGGCGCGGCGGAGGAAGUGGACGGCGAUGAUGCACGGCGUGGGGCCGUCGGACGACGCGGCGGCGGCGGCGGCGCUGGAGCUGCAGGAGUCCGGGUGGGAGGAGCUGCGGCGGGAGGCGCGGAAGCUGGAGGGGGACCUGGACGUGAAGCUCUCCUCGUACGCGCGCCUCGCCGCGCGCUCCUCCUCCGCCUCGGCCUCGGCCUCGGCGGCCUCCCCCACCGCCGACCGCUCCUCCUGGAAGUCCACGGAGCUCGAGAUCCAGGCGCUGCUCGACAAGCUGCAGGACGUCAACGACGCCAUGAGCCGCUGCGCCGCCCCCGCCGCCCCCUCCACCGCCUCCGUCACCCAGAAGCUCGCGCGCCACCGCGACAUCCUGCACGAGUUCACGCAGGAGUUCAGGAGGACGCGGGGGAACCUGAGCUCCAUGAGGGAGCACGCCGACCUGCUCAGCUCCGUGCGCGGCGACAUCACCGAGUCCAAGGCUACCGGCGGCAUGUCGCCGAGGGUGCAUUUGCUCCGGGAGAGGGCUUCCAUUCACGGCAGCGUCAAUCAGAUAGACGAGGUAAUUGGGCAAGCUCAAAGCACAAGAGCAGCACUAUCCAAUCAGAGGGCCUUGUUUGGAGAUGUUCAGGGAAAAGUCAAGCAGUUGGGUGAAAAAUUCCCUGUGGUCCGAGGCCUCCUCGGCGCCAUCAAGAGGAAGAAAUCAAAGGACACGAUCAUUCUUUCAGCAGUAAUCGCGGCCUGCACCAUCUUUUUGAUCAUCUACUGGCUCUCAAAAUGAUCGGUGCGUUGUUGGAAAAGAUUGCGGCGGGGACUCCCCCUCUCGGCACAGAGUGACCGACAGGUGACAACAGAUGGCACGAUAAAAAGACUUGGUGAUUAUCCAUUUGUUAGGGCUAGUAUGAGGGAAUUGGACACCCCGUUGUGUUUAGCUCUCACCGUGCUGCCCUCGACAUAUCUUGUUUUUGGAGAUCUCCCCUGUCAUUUAUACCUAGAUCAAUUUUGUUUGGUGAAUUGCCUGCGAGGCCAUGCUGGUUCAAGUAAAUACGAUGACACACUUCUGAUACUUCCAUCUUACAAUGGGAACUGAGCUGUUGCUUGUACAAAUACUGUGUUCCAUGGAACAAAACCCUUGCCUGUAA